AAAUAUUUACGACAGUGCGGGAAUUGCCGGAAAUGUUGUUGCUAAGUCAGAGAAAGUCGUUUAAUAUCAGCUCGCAAGAACUAGAAUUUAAAAAUUGAAACAGGAACGAACUGGCGACCAGAGUGGCUGUGAAAAGACUACCCGUACAUAUACGGAACUCCCACUUUGAAAUACUAAAAAAAUAUGGACUUUACAAUAUGCCUACGACCAUUUUUGCGUAAUUAUUGAGGGGAGUGAAAUUAACUGUGGUCUGAACCUGGCUGGGUGUCGAUAAGGCUGAUGUCACAGGUGCUUUCCUGGGAUUAUUAUAUAAAUUAAAACUGGAAGAGAAAAAAAAAAAUAUAUUUUUCCAAAUCGUUUUCUGUCACUUGAAUGAGUGUGAUUUUUUAAUACUCAAAGUUGUAUUACAAGGCAACGGGAAUCUGUAAAUCUGUACAGUACAGAGCAGGAGUGUUGACGUUCUCAUGAGGAAGUGGGAUGUGGCCAGGCUGUAUUUUGUGUUGCCAGAAUCAUUCAAAUAGCACUGUAGGACCAUGCAACACAGUAUUAAUAUAUAGACUUGGUAUCUGAUGGCUGCAAGUCAAUUAUUACCAGAAUGAACGCUUCUGGUCAUCGUAUGACUCGAGCUGCGGUUACCUCGUCGGAUAUUUAAAAAAAAAAAAAAAAAGGUGAUUUAACUCAGCAUUUACCAGCUUUGAAGCAACGUUGCCUCCGCCUCAUCAGCAGACUUCAAAAAUGACAACUCAACACCAGAUAGUGGACUCGUCUCUCACACUGGGACAAAAUCAAAUUAUCAGUUGUGAUAGCGAUCGUUCUGCAUCAGAAAAGGAAAAGAGGAACACUCAGGAUGGAUCACAGAAGCAUCUGAAUGGAUGUGUGCCACUUUCCCAUCAGGUGGCUGGUCAUAAGUAUGGAGUAGAUAAAGUAGGUAUUUUGCAGCACCCGGAUGGCACUGUUUUGAAGCAGCUUCAACCCCCGCCUCGUGGUCCCAGGGAGUUGAAAUUCUACAGCAUGGUGUAUGAUGAACACUGCUGUGACCCUGUCCUGUUAGACCUCCAGAUGCAUUUGCCAAAGUACUAUGGCACCUGGACACCAGCUGAUGCACCGAAUGAUCUGUACCUUAAACUGGAUGACGUGACCCGCAAGUUUAACAAGCCGUGUAUAAUGGAUGUAAAAAUAGGCCAGAAAAGUUACGAUCCCUAUGCCUUGAAGGAGAAGAAAGACCAGCAAAUCAGGAAGUACCCCUUGAUGGAAGAGAUUGGCUUCCUAGUACUUGGCAUGAGGAUAUAUCAAGUGAACACUGACAGCUAUGAGACCCAUGACCAGCAUUACGGAAGAGGCUUGAUAAAAGAAACGAUAAAGGAUGGUUUAACCAAAUUCUUCUUUAAUGGAAACAGCGUCCGGAAAGAUGCCAUCGCAGCCAGCAUUCAGAAGGUCCAGAAAAUCCUGCAAUGGUUUCAGAGUCAGAGCCAGUUACAUUUUUAUGCAAGUUCCCUUCUGUUUGUGUACGAGGGCUCGUCUCAGCAAACAGCUCAGAUGAAGCGGAAGGCUGGCAGUCUGGCAGACGUGAGCGCCGCUCCCAAAGGCUGUCCCACAGACGGAGAGGUGCUGGAGUACAACAAUAAUGUCUGUGUGAUCGGCUCCAUGGAGAACGGGAGGACGAUGGCUUCGUUUGGCCAGAGCCUCUCCAACAUGUACGCGCUGCACAAGAAAGGUUGUUCCCAGGGACAUCGCAAUGAUGUCCCCCUGCAAAUUGAAACCAGAGAGCAGGAUAACAGCUUAUGGAAAUGCACUACUCCACCAAACGGUAACAAACCCCAACUGGAAAAGGAAAGCCACCAUAUGCCAGCUGUGAUGCAGAAACCAAACGAGGUAGAAGUUAGAAUGAUUGACUUUGCUCACGUUUUUCCCAGUAAUACCAAGGACGAAGGAUAUGUCUACGGGCUCAAAAAUUUACUGACUGUGCUGCAGCAAAUCCUAAAUAAUUAAACCUUUCCCUGUGUUGAUGUUGUGGUUGAUGUUGCACUUCUUAUUAAUAUUGGGGCCAGUAUCAAAGAAAAAGUAGCAGCCAUCAUGGAAAUAAUUCUGCACUAGCAGUGAUGCAUACUGAUGUUUGUAAUUCUUUGUGUAUUACAUGUGCUUGUUUUGUACUACUGGUAACUAUAGUUUAAUUUUAUAAUGAUCUUGCUCAGGAAAACUAACGCAUAAAAAUAUUAAUUUAAAAAAUAACAAUAACAAUUUGGACACCUGAUGUGACUAGUGGGAGGAUUACGACAGUUAUAAGUAGGCUAUAGCUUAUGGAUAUAAAAUAUAUCCUCUAUUUUAGAAAUAGCCCCAGAAAAAAAUAAUUAAACCGAAGAAACUACUGAUUUUUAAAAAAUUUACUAUAUUUCUAUUUCUAUUAUGUUAGCUACAAAUUAACCUUGGAAGAUAUUUUUAAGAUAAAUAGCUUAUAUGACUUUAUUUUUAUUUUUUUUGCUGGCUAAUUGUUAUAACAUUUAUUCUAAAUCCAAACUUUGGAAAGAAGGUGUUGCAAGGUAUAUAUUAUGCAAGGUAUAUAUUACAUAUUGGAAUGGGUUGAAUUGAUUGAAAUAGUGCUUUUGUAUAUUUAUUAUCUUAACAUUAUUUUAGUGUAAAUAUAAUUGUGCUGCUGUGUUAUAAGGAACAUACUGUGGAAUGGAACUACAAUGCAAUAUGAAGUCAAAUUAUUUAAGAAAACUGGCAAAAAAAAGUAAUACAAAAACCUCUCGUUGUAUAUCUCAUCCCCAGAGAGAGACUGACACAUUUAUUUUGCACUCCCAAAGCCAAAACUCGAGGAAUUGAGGCAGUCAGUAUGUAAAUUAUAACGAUUCUAAACCUAUGUAAUGGUAUAGAAGGCAAAUUGGGCUCUUGCAACUUGGCAAAAGUGGCUAAUAUAUUAACGUUUCUUAUUACUUAAAAUGUUUUGCUUUAGUCUGAUGAUGAUACUUCCCUAGAAAGUUUGACUAUAAAGUGGGUUUAACCAAGGCUUUUAACCUGUCAUAGCAUCAUUUUUAGAAAGGGUUUCAUAUGUUUUAGUUUUCUGGACUCUUCUUUCACUUUGAUUCAGGGCUGGUCUGUUUGUCUUGUCGGAACGCUAGUGAGUUCACUUCCUGUUACAGGUACAGUAACAUGAUCCCCCGCCUGCUUCACAUAGGACACUAUGUGUGGUCUCAUUACCUGUAACAAGUAAGCAACAACUCAUUGUGCUUAGAAAAUUAAAAUUAAAAGUGCUUUUGUUUUUACAUUGUGUGAUGUUCCAAGCCAUGCAGUUGUGCAUAAUUACAUAUUUACAUGGUUUGGAAUCCUUUUCAGUAAAAUCAGAGCACUUUGUUCCCCCAUGUUAUAAAGGAAUUCGGCUUAUAGCGCUGUGGCAGGAAAAUCGGGCUUCAGCGGAGCCAUAGUGAAAAUAAAGUUCAACAAAAGUUCAGAAGAAUAGGGAGAAUUUGGUGAGGGAAAGUAGGUUGCACUUUAAGGGGCAUCCAUAACAAUUUAAUAGCAUUGUAAUAACUACCAUUUCCUGCUCUUACAUGUUAACUACUGGUGGAAUAAGUGUAUUACAUGGAAAUGGUCAGUGCCAUGGUGUUACUAUGUAAUUAAAAAAAGUUGUUCACAAAUUAAGUAUACCGUUGUUACCAUGUAAUAGUUGGAAGCAUUGGUAAUUACUUUGUUACAAUGCGAUUACAUGGCUAUUCGUGCACUAAUGUAAAGUGUGACCUGAAUGAAAGAAAAAAAAAAAUCUUGCAUAGUACAACUUUAAGCUACUGCCAUUGUUUUUGUAGAAACUCUUGGUCAGGUAAAUCACUAAAACAAUUACUAACACAGCUGUACCUUGAACAUGAGAAUAUAAACAAAGUAUAUUACUACUUUUCUAUUUUAAUCCACAUCUGUGUCAGAAAUCAACAAACCUCAAAAGGGUUAAUGGCAAAUUCGUUUAACGAAUAGAUGCACCAACAAGGGCAUUUUAGUUUUGUAAUGAAGCUGUUUGGGAAACAUACAUCUCUCCUUAUGAUUAUGUUGCAUUCCAGUAUCAUAGGGAUUUAUUAAUAAUGGUAAUAUGAGUAUUUAUUGUUAAUUGUUUUUCGUGAUGGAAUUGGUAGACCCUUUACUAGCAAAUGCAAGCUGAACUAAUGAAAGACAAAAAAGGUCAACUAUACCAUAUCAACUGUAUAUAGUUUUCACAACUUUUUGGCCUAUAAAUAGUUCCUUUAUUGGUAAAGAAUAGAAAUAAAAGUGAACAAACAGAUAGUAAACGAACUUAUGCAUCUCAGAAGAAACAAUUUAAAGUUACUCUGUCCCAUACUCCUUUAAAAAUAACCCAAUCUAUUAAACUUACAACUCUCAAUUUCCAAUUCUUAAAUGAAUAAUCAACAACUUAAUAGUCCUUACAAACCCCCAAAUGUCUUGGUUGUUUUUUUCUGUUUGGGUACGUUUAUAGGGUGCAUUUUGUCUUUCUGAAAAAAAAUGUGCUAAUGAUAAUUUGGAGUACAUACUGUAGCUGAGAAACCAGUCCAAAAUAAUACAUACAAAAAAUAAAUGCCACUACAGGGGGCUCCUGAGUGGCACAUCUGGUAAAGGCGCUCUGAGUGGAGUGCCGGAUGCGCCCUAUAGCCUGGAUGUCGCCGGUUUGAGUCCAGGCUAUUCCGCUGCCGACUGUGGUUGGUUAGUAUCAAGAUUUAUAAAUGAAUAGAAAGGUCAGCCAGUGUGUCCUCGGCUCACCGCGCACCAGCGACCCCUGUAGUCUGACUAGGGUUGCCUGUAAGCUGCCCAGAGCUGCGUUGUCCUCCGACGCUGUAGCUCUGAGGUGGCGGCAUGGUGGGUCUGCAGUGUGAAAAGAAGCGGUCGACUGACGGCACACACUUCGGAGGACAGCGUGGGUUCGUCUUCACCGCUCCUGAGUCAGCAUGGGGAUGGUAGUGGUGAGCUGAGCCUAAAAAUAAUUGGCUAUUCUAAAUUGGGGGGGGGGGGAAACAAUUGGCAACUACUAAAUUUAAAUAAAUUUAAAUAAAGAAAUACAUAAAUAAAUGCCACUACAGACAUUUCCAGAGCUGAAUUAUUUUGAAUCUAGCAUAAAAAAACGCACAAAAUACAAAUUAGUUAAACAGUAAUAACAGAGAGCAAGACAUUGGCAAUACUUUUGAUCAAUUUCUUCACAGGAUCAACAUGUUACCAUAACAUACUUAAUUAGGGUUUUCUGUCAAAUCACAUAUUACAUACAUUACUAAUGAUUAGAACUAUAACCAGUUAAUUACAUCAUUCUACCAUGUUAAACACAACUUGAACCAAGACAUGUGCAACUCCACUGGCGCGGUCUUGUAAAAGUAUAAAUCUUUUAUGCUUGAAUGUGUUUCUUGUUCCAACUUUUGAUAACUGAACCUAAAUUACAAUGUGACUUACUGUUCCCCUUCACCAGUGGGCCAAGCUAUAUUUAACAGCCUAUACCGGUAGCUAUUUGAAUUUUAUAGAUAAUGCAAGCAUGAGACUUUGAAUUAACCAAAUUCUGACUUUAACAAUGUAAUUAGUAUACAUUUAGAUUCAAUUGCUGAACAUAUUAAUCUAGUGCUGUAGUAUAUUGUUAUACUAUAAAGCGCUAUUACAUGUAGUGUUUAAAUAGGCAUAACAGUCCUGCUGGAUAUCCUGUGGUUCUAACCUUGCCUGCCAGAGAAAUCCACCUUGCAGUAUCUGUCAUGAUCUGUGAUGCAGAUGAUUCAGAACUAGUGGAGGAUUAAAUAGGAGCAUUGCAAAUCCUUUGGUAUUAACACACACUUUCUAAAAACAGAAACCAAAAAAAUAAAUAAAAGUAUUGAAAACCAAACAACACAAAUGAUGCGUGGAAUUUUUUAUUUUUUAUUAACAACAUUUUACCUUUAAUCACAAUUAUGACCAAAAGUUGUAGACAAGUGUUCAACAUGUACAUGUGAUUUAACUUGAUUUUCUGAAAAUAUAUUUUAAGAAGGCUGCACAUUUGUGAAAUGGAGUAUGUAAGUGUGUUCAUUAACACACAGUAAUUCAAGUUGGUUUUACACACAGUGAUGCAGUGGCAGACAUGUUUUAAGGUCGUGGGGGGAGGUACAGUGCUUUAGCUUUUUAUCCCAGCAGUUGCAACUGCUGUUUGGGAAUCUAUAUAAUGUGCAUGGUCAGCAAAAUGAAGUCUAUUAUGAAUUGGACUGCAACGAAGGCUAAACUAUGAAAGAAUGUAGUAAAUGGCCACCAAGAAUGUUUUUUUUAGUUUAAAAAUUAACACAAUUGUGAGUUACUGCCACUUUAAAUUAGUGAAAUAAAUUAUAAAUCUAAGCAAAGUACAUAUAAAAGGACUAGUAUGUUUUGUUUAGGCAUAUAUUGUUAGUUCAGUAUUUACCUGUAUUCUAUACAUAUCCAGGAUGUGGUUGGAAUGAAAACCUGGAGUUUCACGGCCCCCAAAGGCCAUAUUUGAGUUUCACUCAUAUUCUACAUUGGUUGCAAGUGAUUUUGUUUCAUAAAAAUUACAAAAGUGGAUUUUGAUUAAAUGUUGUGAUAGAUCAGGAAUUUCAUCUUUCUUUCCCAAGCUGUUUAAAAGAGUGAUAACAUAGUCAAUCACUGGUCCACAUUCUUUUCAUUGUUAUUUUAUUUUGGCAAAAAAAAUCUUCAGCACAACAAUGAGUGGAUCAGUGACAAUGUUGCCAAAACUAGUAAGAUUGAUUUUAAAUACUGAAUACUUCAUAUUGAAAUUGGUGAAGUGACCUUUUGCAGUUGUCAAUUUGGUGCAUCUCUUGGUAAGUUCAGGGCUCAAGCUAACAUGCAAAGGGCUAAAAUCUGAGAUUUAAAUCUUCUAUUGCAGCUAAUCCACACACUAGUGCACAGGGGGAUCGGAGCAUUACAAUAUAGGUAAACAGGUAAUCAGUCGAUGCAGCUUAUUUCAGAGGCUAUUUAUUUGUAGUCUUUUUCUAUGGUUUUAUGUCAUCUUUUCCUUUUGUUUACAGUAAAUUCUAUGUAUCUUACUGGUUUAUUGUUUUCAUACACCUAGAGAACUUAAAUUCAUACUGUAUACGAAUGUAGGCGUAAUUUGGCUAAAAUAUUCUCCCUCCCUGAAAUGUUAGUACAUGUUUUGCCUCCAGAGCCAGACAUGUUAUUAUGUACAGCAUAUAGUCGUGUGAAUAGGUUUUAUGCCUUUGUUAAUGGUUUUUGCUGUGAAUGAUAUGAGGACUUUCCCUGUGUAUUUUGGUGUUAGCAGUCACUGCCAUGUGGGCAAUUUAACAUGCAUCUGGUUUUAAAUUUCGAAAUGAGCAGGUGGUGCACAGAAGCACUUUAGUAAUUCUGGGACUGUACUGGAUCUGUUUAUAAAGCAUCACACAGAUCAGGGCUUGACUAAAUUUGCCAUAAAACAUUGUAGACUGGUGGAGCAGACUCUGAUUAGCACUGAUACGAAUGUACAGAAACAUUCGUACUGACCCGGGAUCUGUGAAUCAUUAAAGCUUCAUUGGUUAAAAAGUUUUAGUUUUGUCAAAUUAUGAACAAUAUUGGUAAUAUGAAUGAUCUAUUUAAACUGUGUUAAAUCUGAGCCCUGGUAUUCUUGCUUAAUGUGGUUUCUGGAAGAAAUUGUGUCGUGCAUCCCCUAUGCUUUUGCCUGAAUGUUUUUUAUUUUGAUCUCAUAGUCUUUGUCCCAGUUAUGUUCUUUUUUGUUUUGUUUUUGGAUUGUAUCUGUAUUUUGUCUUUUUUUUCCUCCAUUUUUAUCAUGGAAUCACAGGGGAAAGUGUUUGUGUGUAAUUGCUGUUUCUUGUAAUACAAUUGAAUUAACUACAUUUAACUAAUGUUAUUACCUACUUUUGUAAAUGAAAUUAAUAUGAUAAAUGAUAUUUAGAUAAAAACAUAAUGCCUGUAUAUUCGGCUAAUUUAAGUUACUAAUAAAAAAUGACUCCACAAAAAA